CUUCCCGUUCCUCAGUAGGGUUUUUAUCUGCGCUGUAAACAUGUGUAUUAAAGUCUCUCUAUGAAUUGUGUUACUAUUAGCUGACGUUAGCUUCACUGGUAACUAACAGUUUGACAAGACAGCCUCUCGAAUUAACAUGGAGACCGAAAAUCGUCCCAAGAAGAGAUCCCUCGGGGAGGAUGAGAGGUCUGGCUCAGAAGGUUCGGAGGAUGAUGACUAUGUCCCAUACGUUCCAGUCAAAAUCAGAAAGCAGCAAAUGCUGCAGAAGAUGCUACGUGCACGAGGGAAGGCGGUGGACGAGGAGCAGAAAGACAGCGGGGAGGAGCAGAGAGAGGAGGACGAGGGUCUGGGUCCACGUUCCAAUGUCAGUCUCCUGGAUCAGCAUCAGCACCUCAAGGAGAAAGCAGAAGCCCGUAAGGAGUCAGCCAAGGAGAAGCAGCUGAAAGAGGAAGAGAAGAUUCUAGAGAGCGUGGCUGAGGGCAGAGCUUUAAUGUCUGUGAAGGAAAUGGCCAAAGGUAUCAUAUACGAUGAUCCCAUCAAAACAAGCUGGAAGGCACCGCGUUACAUCCUGAACAUGCCGGACACCAGGAACGAGCGCGUCAGGAAGAAGUUUCACAUCCUGGUUGAUGGAGACGGCACGCCUCCUCCAAUCAAAAGCUUCAGAGAGAUGAAGUUUCCUCCAGCGAUUCUGAAAGGUUUGAAGAGGAAAGGCAUUGUUCACCCAACGCCGAUUCAAAUUCAAGGAAUCCCUACAGUUCUGUCAGGUCGAGACAUGAUCGGCAUCGCCUUCACUGGAUCAGGAAAGACUUUGGUCUUCACUCUGCCCAUCAUCAUGUUCUCCCUGGAGCAGGAGAAAAGGCUGCCUUUCUUCAAGAGAGAGGGACCAUAUGGACUCAUCAUCUGUCCUUCACGAGAGUUGGCGAGGCAGACGCACGGCAUCAUAGAGUAUUACUGCAAGCUGCUGGAGGAGGAAGGAGCUCCUCAGCUGCGCUCCGCUCUCUGCAUCGGAGGGAUGUCUGUCAAGGAGCAGAUGGAGGCAGUAAAACAUGGCGUUCACAUGAUGGUGGCAACGCCGGGACGACUGAUGGACCUGCUGCAGAAGAAGAUGGUCAGUCUGGACAUUUGCCGCUACCUGACUCUGGACGAGGCCGACAGGAUGAUUGACAUGGGCUUCGAAGAAGACAUCAGGACCAUAUUUUCUUAUUUUAAGGGUCAAAGACAGACGCUGCUUUUCAGUGCCACUAUGCCCAAGAAGAUUCAAAACUUUGCCAAGAGUGCCCUGGUCAAGCCCAUCACUAUUAACGUGGGCAGGGCCGGAGCUGCCAGCCUGGACGUCAUCCAGGAAGUGGAAUACGUCAAAGAGGAGGCAAAGAUGGUGUACCUGCUAGAGUGUCUUCAGAAAACGCCCCCUCCGGUGCUGAUAUUUGCUGAGAAAAAGGCCGACGUCGAUGCCAUCCAUGAGUAUCUCCUGCUCAAAGGCGUGGAGGCCGUGGCCAUCCAUGGAGGGAAAGAUCAGGAGGAGAGAACUAAAGCCAUCGAAGCGUUUAAAGAAGGCAAGAAAGACGUGUUAGUGGCCACAGAUGUCGCCUCCAAGGGUUUGGAUUUCCCGGCUAUUCAGCAUGUUGUGAACUACGACAUGCCCGAAGAGAUCGAAAACUAUGUCCAUAGAAUUGGAAGAACUGGAAGAUCGGGGAAAACCGGUAUCGCCACGACGUUCAUCAACAAAGGCUGUGACGAGUCCGUAUUGAUGGAUCUGAAGGCUCUGCUGGUUGAAGCCAAGCAGAAGGUUCCCCCGGUCCUCCAGGUGCUCCAGACCGGAGACGAGACCAUGCUGGACAUCGGAGGAGAGCGGGGCUGCACGUUCUGCGGCGGCCUCGGACAUCGCAUCACCGACUGUCCCAAGCUGGAGGCCAUGCAGACCAAGCAGGUCACCAACAUCGGCCGGAAAGACUACCUGGCCCACAGCUCGAUGGACUUUUAGAGAGGAGGCUGCCCGGCGCUCGGAGGAAUAGGGAAGCAGUUAUGAUGAAACCUGGUUGUCGAGUCACUGAACUGAGGAAGUCUUGUUUCCUUUAUUUAACCACCUGAACGCGUUGGCAGGUGAAAUUUGUCGUCACCUCAACCAGUUUUCUCACUCUCGUAAAGGAUGAUGUUUUUGUACAGGGUGUUUCCGAAGCUGUAAUUGUAAAUAAAACCAUUAUAUUUGUUACCUAGCUCUCGUGUCGUUCUCUGG